ACGUAGCACUAGAAAAGCGCAUCACCCAACUGCACGUCUGCAUUCUUCACACUCAGGUGUCUGAGCCUCAGCGCGCGCGCGCACGCGCACACACACUCACGCGCACCCGCUUAGGAGACCCUCACUGAGCUUCAGCACACGAAAACAGCGAUGCUUCUGACACUGAUGAAGGAUCUAGCCGCUGAAAACCGAUAAGUAGCUUCAAGUGACUUGAACGGAGCAUCAUGGGAGGAGUGGUGGUGGAUGACGGAGGCAGUGGGGUGAAGGCCCCAGAUGGAGGAUGGGGCUGGGCUGUGCUCUUUGGCUGCUUCAUCAUCACUGGAUUCUCCUACGCUUUUCCUAAAGCUGUCAGUGUCUUCUUUAAGGAGCUGAUCCGUGAGUUCGACGUGGGCUACAGUGACACUGCCUGGAUCUCCUCUAUUCUGCUGGCAAUGCUUUAUGGCUCAGGACCCCUGUGUAGUGUUUUAGUAAAUCGCUUUGGGUGCCGCCCUGUGAUGAUGGUGGGUGGCCUUUUUGCUUCUCUUGGCAUGGUCUUGGCCUCCUUCGCCAACAGCAUUGUUCAGAUCUAUCUCUGCACUGGCGUAAUCACAGGUUUGGGUCUGGCCCUGAACUUCCAGCCAUCACUCAUCAUGCUGAAUAGAUACUUCAGUGAGAAAAGACCCUUAGCCAACGGACUGGCUGCAGCUGGGAGUCCCGUAGCACUGUGCUGUUUAUCUCCCCUCGGCCAAAUUCUUCAAUACAAGUAUGGCUGGCGUGGUGGUUUCCUCAUCCUGGGAGGCAUACUGCUUAACUGCUGUGCAUGUGGAGCCCUCAUGAGGCCGCUGAUAGCGCCAAAGAAGAGUGAAGAAGAUCGGGAAGCAGCAAAAGAAGUAGAGGAAAAGCCAAAACCAAAGCACAAGUUGCUGGACUUCAGUGUCUUUAAAGACAGAGGGUUUGUCAUCUACACCAUAGCAGCAGCAAUCAUGGUGUUGGGUCUGUUUGUUCCUCCAGUGUUUGUAGUUAGCUAUGCAAAAGAGCUGGGUAAUGAAGACACCAAAUCUGCUCUUCUGCUCACCAUUCUUGGCUUUAUCGAUAUCUUUGCUAGGCCUACGUGUGGCAUUAUUGCUGGCCUGAAGUGGGUGCGCCCGCGGUGUGUUUACUUCUUCAGCUUUGCCAUGAUAUUUAAUGGUACCACUGAUAUAAUAGGCUCCUUGGCAAAGGACUACACAUCACUCGUAAUUUUCUGCAUUUUCUUCGGUAUCUCCUAUGGAAUGGUGGGAGCCUUGCAGUUUGAGGUGCUAAUGGCCAUUGUGGGAACAGAGAAGUUCUCCAGUGCAAUUGGCCUGGUACUCCUGGUUGAGGCCAUUGCUGUGCUAGUGGGGCCACCUGGUGCAGGUCGGCUCCUGGAUGCCACCAAGGUCUACAUGUACGUUUUCCUGCUAGCAGGCUGUGAGGUGGUCCUCUCAGCUGUCGUACUUUGCAUCUGCAACCUGCUUUUUAUCAAGAAGACACCUCCGCAGCCUGACCCUUCUGCCAAGAUGGAGAUGGCUGUGACAGAGACUGAGAUGGAGCAGCUCAACAAAAUUUCUCAGGAUGACCAAGAGAAUCAUGGUGGUAGGAAUGAGUCAGACCCUAAUGCAGGAGAACAGAGUAUAAAUCCAGAGGUGGAAGUACAGAAAGAGACCUCAGACAACCCAGACAAGCCAGAAGCAGCAAGUAAAGAUGAACUUCAGGUGGACUCAGUAGAUCUUGAGAAGCUUUCUAAAGUGGCGACCAAAGCAAAUGGCGGUGUGGUGGAACCCGAGUCUUCUCUGUGAUGUCAGUACCGUGAGACAAAUAGACAGACCAUUUUCAAAAGAAAGUAAGAAAGAACUUGAAUGCUGUCUUGUGUGUUCCCGUUUGAUGUUUUGAUGUUGUGUGCUUUCUGUACUGCACUGAAACGAUGUCUCGUGGUUACAGGUACGUUGGUUUUAAAUUUCAGUGGCAUUUAGAACACUUUUUCUUAUUACAACCUUGUAUGGUGACGGGACAAAAAUAGAUUUUCAUACACUCGGACAAAAAAAGGCGAUAUCCCUAACAACAGAAAUAGUACCACAAAUUUAAAGUAAACGAUGUGUACAAGGAUAUGUAAACAGGCAAGCUAUUAUUACUUAAGUAUUUUGGAUUAAAAAUUACUUUAAUACUUAAUUCUAUUAAAAUUGCACUAGAGCGAAACAGCAACUCGGUCAUUAUGUACUCAGUAUCUAAGAAGUGAUUAGGUGGUUCAGCGGUACUAUUUAAAGGACCUGCCCAGAUUACUAAAUGUGCAGUAGAGAGAUUAUUGUAUUUUAGAUUCGUUACCAAACCAACAGCCAGUAACCGUUCAUAACCAUUAUUGUGAACCUGCUUGAUCUCCGUUGCACACAAUGUUGGCUACUGUGUAACAUGUUCAUUGUCUAUCAAGCUUACUGUAAAGAAGUCUUUGUGGCAUAUGUCAGAAUACAUUAUGCAAAUUGUUUGGGUAUAAAAUUAGCUGCUUCAAGUGACUCACAAUCAAACGUAUAACUAAUGCACAUUUAUAUGUAUAUAUGUCUAUAUGUCUGUAUUGGAGACCCAUUUGGGUGAAUGACAAAAUUGUUAUUUUUCAAUCUGUUUCAUAAGUGAAAUUUUAAAAUAGACUCCUACUUAUAGUUUGUAGCAGUAUUUCCAAGUGGCAGCGCAGUGCAACGUCAAUCACGUACUGGUCGAGGCACAUUCAUUGCGUUCUUUUUUUUUCUCAAUUACAAGAGAUUUAACUCGUAACUCUCAUUAACAAGCCUUCUGUGUGCUAAAUUGGGUGUGUUGCAGCAAAAAAAAAAAAAAACAAA